AUGAAAUCCAAACUCAGUACGUUCAGCAUCGACAGCAGCCCGUUCAACAUCGACUGCAGCCCGUUCAACAUCGACUGCAGCCCGUUCAACAUCGACUGCAGCCCGUUCAACAUCGACAGCAGCCCGUUCAACAUCGACUGCAGCCCGUUCAACAUCGACAGCAGCCCGUUCAACAUCGACAGCAGCCCGUUCAAUAUCGACUGCAGCCCGUUCAACAUCGACAGCAGCCCGUUCAACAUCGACUGCAGCCCAUUCAACAUCGACAGCAGCCCGUUCAACAUCAACGACAACAACCCAUUCAACGCCAACGACCGCAAUCUGUCCAACAUAAAUGACAGCAACCCGUUUACCUUUCACCCCAGCAACCUGUUUACCUUCCGCAACAGCAACCCGUUUACCUUCCGCACCAGCAACCCGCUUACCUUGCGCACCAGCAACCCAUUUACCUUCCGCACCAGCAACCCGUUUACCUUCCGCACCAGCAACCCGUUUACCUUCCGCACAAGCAACCCGUUUACCUUCCGCAACAGCAACCCAUUUACCUUCCGCACCAGUAACCCGUUCACCUUGCGCACCAGCAACCUUACCAACAUCAACCACAGCAACAGCAAUCCCUUCGAUCUGAAAAACGGCAGGAGUUCCUAG